CCUUGCGGUGAGCUGAUAAAGCUCAUGUAGACAAGCUUCCAAAUUCUUUUUUUUUUACUGACGAAAAUGUCCCUUAACACACAUGAGGAAGACAGACGAGAUAGAGGGAGAGAGAGAGAGAAAGAGGGAAAGGGAAAGAGAGAGAGAGAAAGAGAGCUCGAGAGAGAGAAUAGAGAGAGGUGGAGAGAGAGAAAGAGAGAACAGAUCUGGAUCGGGUCAAUCAAGGAGACAAAUUUGAAAAUCUCACUCAAAUAUGAAGUUUGAUUUGUAAGCCAGAGAGAGAAGAGAUCUAGAUCAGUAUCGAUAUUCGGAUCGAGCUUGAGAUCAAUUAAGGCGAUGAAUCUAAAGUUUUCAUUCAUACAUGAACUUUGAAUUAUAGAUCUAACACUUUGAGGGUAUUUUAAUUUGUAUCCAGUGGCUGAGGAUCUGCUGUGAAAAAUCAUGUGGAGAAACCUGAGAAAUUCAAGGGUUCGGAUUUCAAAUGCUGGCAACAGAAGAUGUUGUUCUAUUUGACAACUCUUCAUGUGGCAUAUGUUCUCACAACCGAGGCUCCAAAGGCUCUUCCCGAAGGAGAUGGAGAGAAUGUUCCAACUGAUGCUCAAAAGGUCGAAAAUCAGAGGGCCAUUGUUGCCUGGGGAGUUUCUGUGCAGGACCUAUAUUCUCAAUGCCUUAGAUGAUUCCUUGUAUGACAUCUUUUCAUCCUUCAAAACAGCAAGGGAAUUGUGGGAGUCGUUGGACAACAAGUACAAGACUGAAGUUGCCUGUUCAAAGAAGUUUGUCAUUGGCAAGUUUCUGAACUACAAGAUGGUCAAUGCCAAGUCUGUUUUCAAGCAAGUGGAGGAACUCCAAGUCAUUGUUCAUGAGUUAGAUGAAGAAGGUAUGGGACUGAACUCAAAUUUUCUUGUUGGUUCUGUUAUUGAAAAGUUACCUCCUUCAUGGAAAGAUUUCAAAGUUUAUCUGAAACAUCUAACUGAGGACAUGAAUUUUGAGCAAUUGGUACUAAAACUUCCUGUUGAAGAGGACCACCGUAGAAGUGAAAGGGCUGAUGCUACUUCUAUGGAGCCAACUGCUAACAUGGUUGGAGGGAGUCCAUCAAAGGCCAAGUUUCAGAAAAACAAGGGCAAGAAUGAUGUUGCCAAACCAACUCUUGCUACUGCUGCAAAGAAGCCACUCGCCCCAUAAAAGAACAAGGCCUUCAAAAAGCCACAAACUGGAGGUUGUUGGGUGUGCGGCAAACCAGGGCAUAGAGCAAAAGAGUGUCGCUUCAAGAAAGAUCAAGGAGGUGGAGGUUCUGGAAGUUCCAACAACCUAGCAAACCUUGCUAAAGAUCAAUUCAUUGUUGUGGUUUCUGAGGCAAAUUUGGUGACUAAUUCAACCGAUUGGUGGAUUGAUACCGGUGCUACAAGGCACGUCUGCUCUGCAAAGGAGAUGUUCAUUCCAUACCAGCCAAUCAAGGAAGAAGAACCUCUGUUCAUGGUGAAUGCCACAACUGCCAAAGUUGAAGGAAAAGGGAAGGUGAUUCUGAAAUUCACUUCAGGAAAAGAUCUUGUACUCACUAACGUACUUCAUGUGCCUGAAAUCUGCAAGAACCUAGUGUCUGGUCUUGUUCUAAGCAACAAGGGAUUCAAACUAAUGUUCGAAUCUGACAAAUUUAUACUCACCAAAGGUGGGGUGUAUGUAGGAAAGGGUUACCUUAGUGAAGGGCUCUUUAAACUAAAUGUUGUACCUACUAUGGAUGCUAUUAUUAAU